AUGGCGGAAAAUGCGCCUCCCACAUCUGCCAGCAACCCGCAGCCUGAUGCUUCGCGCGGCAUGCCCUACUACGAGCGACUACGACGCGACCUACGGGAAUCCCUCCAAAAAAAGCGCGCCAUAGAUCACAACCUGGAGCAACUCGAAGCAACCAUCCUCCGCGUCGAAACGCAGUACCUCGAGGAGACGAGCGCCGGAAACAUCAUAAAAGGUUUCGACAACUACAUCAAGGGCGCGGCCACCGUAUCCACCACCAGCUCAACAGGCACGGCAACUCGACGGAAAGCUCAGAUCAGCGAUGCGGACAGGAUAUUCAGCCGGAGCUCCAGCGCCUUCGUGAGGGAAUCCUCGACUCCUGGUUCGAACCAGACGACGCCCUCACACGGCCAGACGCCGACGUCUUCCUUCCCCACACGCGAGUCGAGCCAGCCUACGUCCAACGGAGCGAGCAGGAACGGUGGCAGCAAGAAGAAAAAGGCGCCCGACGACGACGACCCCAAGUCUGCAAAGCGGCACAAAAUCACGUACAGCCUCGACGGCUAG